AUGUACUUGUGGGGAAAAAUAGAUCCUUGUACCUUAGCCCUGAUUAGUGAGAGAUCCUCAGCUGAAGAUGUGAUUGGUAGCGUCAGGGAGGAGUCAAUCAACGCCAUCCAAUCACAGAAUAGCAUACUGGUGACGUCAUAUGAAGGCAAUCAAUCACAAACAGGCAUACUGGUGACGUCACAUGAAACCAACCAAUCACAGGGACAGGUGUCGGUGACGUCACACAAAGAAAACCAAUCAGAACACGGUGGAGACUUCCUGGACGUCAUUCUAAUGGUUCUCAGGAGGAAAUUACUAUCGUUCUCACAAGACAGCCAUGAGAAAGACGACUCGGGAGCAAAGAAUGACGUUCGUAGACGGAGAAACAUCCAUAACGGAGAGGACAUUGACAAACAGAGAGGCAUGACGUAUGAGAGGAAAGACUAUGACGUCACAAGCGAUUACAGUGACGUCACAAGCGAUUACAGUGACGUCACAGGGGAUCAUGACGUCAGGGAUUACAUACAAGGGAAGCUCAAAGCCCCGAAAGAUCCCCAGCAGCAGGAGGUGAUGGUGGCUCCCAGUGGACACCAUCGCCUGAGACACUCUGAGAGGAAGGUCCAUCACAGGGGCUUUAGACGGGAGGAGGAGAGACAGAAGCCUAGGACAGAAGGAAAUAAACAGACAGAAGUUGAGUCCUGGAUGGAAGGAAGAGAGGAGGAGGAGGAGAAGAAGACGAAAGAGGAGGAGGAGGAGGAGGAAGAAGAGGGACCUAUAACAGUAGCACAACAAGACCUCGACAACACCUCCACCCUUAAUUACACACAGACAGGUAAACCCACAGAUCACAACAUGAUAACAGAGAUGAAAGAAGCUAUCCUGCUCGCCAUCCCGCUCUCCCUGCUGUUAACUCUGGUGCUAAUAUCAUGUGUCGUCUGCUGCUGCUGUUGUCGUUGUAAAAGUCGUCCUACACCCCAGUACGACCCCCACGACCCCCGGUACGACCCCCAGUACGACCCCCACGACCCCCGGUACGACCUGUUGAAGCCUUAUGACGACCAGCACGACCAGACCUCACUCUUGUCGUCCACUCAUCACCGUUCUGAACAGUGGACCGUUUUGGGGUUGGGUGUGUUCGAGGCGUGUUUACCUAAGACUCCAAGGUGGACCUCCAGGAAGCCCAGACAGCCAGAGUACCAGCCGGAGGACUUGGCCGUGGAGGAUGACCCCGUGACCCCAGCCAGGACAGAUGGGGUCACCUUUCACCCUCCGUUAUACAGGCUGUUAUCAAAUCUACCUCCCGGGGCGUCUUAUCUCGAGGAUGACCUUAAUCUCGAGGAUGACCUUAAUCUCGAGGACGACCCCCAGAUGACCCUCUUACCGUAUAAGUCAUCCUCACUUCAGCAUGGUUUGAGUACGAGCUUCAAGGAGCAGUGUUAUUAUCCAUGUUACCACACUGCCUCAUACUCGAUGCCAAGGCGAUCACACUCCCUCGAGUUUUUGACCGUUUGAGGAGGAGGCCGAGGAGGAGGAUGAUGGAGAAUGGAAAGAGGAGGAAGAGGAAGAUGAAUAAAACACAUGAUAAACAACAAACAACACAAAGAAGACAAGACAAUCACUAAACGUAGACACAAGAAAUAGGAAAAUAAAAUUAAAUAAAUUAUCCCUCGAAAGAAAAAUCAGAGAAAAUGGUACGUGAAUAUUAUUGUGAUUUUGAGUAAUGUUGGUACUCCUGUUUGUUUGGAUUACUGGUAGUGUUGGUAGCCCUGAUAUACCUUAGAUACGGUUUGAGUAAUAAAGAAUUAGAUAAAGUAGAUCGGGUUAUGAGAGAAAGGGAGAGGAGAAGAGAGAUACACAAAGAGAAUGGGAGAUAAGGUAUAUAAUGAAAGUGAUAGGUAAAUAGAGGGUUAAAGGGAAGAGGAAGGGAGAGAGUGAGACAGAUAAACAUAAGACAAAGGGAAAUAUAUACAUGAAGGAGAGGGAGGGAGAGUAAAGUAAUUUGGAACACGCCAAUCGCUGUUAUUUUGUUUACGAGGCGUUUAUUGUUUAUGGGGGAUACAGGUGUCUAUAGUUUAGGAGGGAUACAGGGGUUUAUAGUUUAUGAGGAUACAGGGGUUUAUUGUUUAUGGGGGAUACAGGGGUUUAUUGUUUAUGGGGGAUACAGGGGUUUAUAGUUCAUGGGGGAUACAGGCGUUUAUAGUUUAUG